CCAAACCCGAGAAUUACACUGGAACUUUGUUCCUUCUAACUCAAUUCCUGACAAACAAUGGUCAAACGAAAGGCCGAAGGAGCAUCUGCUCCCCAAUCGCCUACCAAGAGGGGAAAAUCCUCCGCCGGAUCGAUACCGACUGAUUUCAAGCCCUUUUUCCGAGACGGGCUGUUCGACGAGGCUGUCGAAGGCAAAUACCGAAGUGAAUAUGCUACCGCCCAACCGUACAAACACGCCGUGAUCCAUGGCCUGAUCGACGACACUUUGCUUCGUAACGUUCGGCGAGAGGUACUCCAAAACGUGGAGUUCACGCCAAAGGAGACCGACAUCUAUCGUAUCCAUCAAUCCGGUGACCUGGCUAAUCUCGACGGUCUUCCUAAAUCUGCUCUUAAGCUUCUUCCAUCCCUCCGCCAGCUCCGCGACUCGCUCUAUUCUAAGCUUUUCAGGGACUACGUUUGUGGGAUCACUGGGUGUGGGCCACUUAGCGGAAAGAAAACCGAUAUGGCCAUCAAUGUCUAUACACCUGGUUCUCAUUUGUUGGCUCAUGACGAUGUAAUUGGGUCUCGCCGUGUGUCAUAUAUCUUAUACCUAACUUCACCUGAUGAUCCUUGGCAGCCUUCCUGGGGUGGGGCGUUAAGGUUAUAUCCGACCAGAGUAGCCGAAGAUGGUGUUACGAGAGUUCCAGAGCCAGAGUGGGCCAAAGCUAUUCCGCCUGCUUGGAAUCAAUUAAGUUUUUUUGAGGUGCAGCCUGGCCUGAGUUUUCACGAUGUCGAAGAGGUGUAUGCCCCGGAAGGCGAAGAUGAGCGGAUCAGAAUGGCUAUCAGCGGAUGGUUCCACAUUCCCCAGGAAGGCGAGGGGGGCUAUAUUGAAGGUCUCGAGGAAGAACUUGCUGAAAAGAGCUCCCUACAGCAAUUACAAAGCAAGAAUCUAGACUUCUUGCUCAAUUUUAUCGCUCCUACUUACCUGACUCCUGAUACCCUGGAAAGCCUAUCUGACGCCUUCGCCGAGGAUUCUUCUGUCCAGAUCGCGCAGUUCCUUUCUAAAUCGUUUGCUAGGAAGCUUAAGGAGUUUGUUAAAGCUCGUGAUGCUAAGCAAUACUCACCAGAAAACUCGGAGGGAUGGAAAGUUGCCUUGCCUCCGCACAAGCAUCGUUAUCUUUAUCUUCAAAAACCCCCGGUUAAGAAUGGGGUUGAUCCUGACGAGCUCAAUCCUAUCGAGCAAUUGCUUACUGUUUUACUUCCAUCUAAAUCUUUUGCUAAGCUGCUACGACUUGCUACGGGUCUCAAAAUCACAGCUGGGGGUUUUCUUGCCAGAAGGUUUCGUAGAGGUUUAGAUUACACUCUUGCAACUGGUGUUGGUGGAGACGGGGACGGCGAUGGCGAGGAGGAAGAGGGAGAGGGAGAAGACCCAUCCCCAGGAGCUGGAUUGAGAGUUGAAGUCUGUCUUGGAAUCACCCCAUCAAAAGGCUGGAGUGGUGAGGACGAUGAAGAGGAAGAUGAGGAGGAGGACAAGGCGAAAAAUGGCAAGUCGAAGGGGAAAGGCAAGGUUAAAGUUCCUAGGCAUAGUAAAUUCGACGACUCGGAAAAGACAGUCGGCGGCUACGAAAUGUAUAUGGCCGGCGACUCUGACUCGGACUCGGACGAAGAAGACGAUCCUGAUCAGGCAUUCAAAAGCAAUAGAAAGAGAAAGAAGGCUGAUCCAGCCAUCUACCGCUCUGGUCGCGACAACGAGGACGACGGCAUACUAUUCACCAUGCCGGCUAGUUGGAACCGCCUAGGGAUAGUUCUCAGAGACACAGGAGUCCUCCGGUUUGUCAAGUACAUUAGUAAAAGCGCUGCGGGAGAUCGAUGGGACGUGAUUGGUGAGUGGGGAGUAGGUGAUGAUGGUGAGAGCGGUGAAGUAGAACAAUGGUUGGGGAUUCAGGAUGCAGAUGACGAUGAUGAUGCUGAGGUGGAGGGGGUGGAUGAAGAAGCGGAGGGUGGUGGUGGCGAAGAUGGGAAACAGAAUGGAAGUGACAAUGCGAGUGGGAGCGGGGGUGCGUGA